ACGUUAACCAUUGGCGUCGUUUUACGUGUUUUAUUGUGUAAAUUUAUGUGUUAUGUUGUAAAUAAAUCAUUGGUCGAGUGUAUAUAAUAUUAUUCUAUAAGGUACUCUAAAAUUAAGGACAAAUUAAGUGCCAAGAAUUGUAAUAGUCGGCAGUCUUACUCAAUUGAGUUAUUCUUUGUUUUUUUUUGUGAUAACAAUAUUACAUGCAUUGUCCAAUACGGAAAUACACCCAAUAUAAAAACAAUUCAGAUAAAAGUUAUUUGGUACAUUUUACACAUGCCAAAGAUUUAUUUGGUGGUGUAAAAAAUGUUAAUAGAAUAGAGGAGGUAAAAUAAACCUGAAGGCGGUGAACGCAGCUCCAUGAAAAAUAAAAAGUGAAUUUGACAUUUGAAAAUUUGACAGCUGUCAAAAGGCUGUUUCAUAAAUUAAUAUUCUGUUUAUAGAUCAAACUUAUAAAUGUUCAGAUAAAUUAAUUGCAGAUAUUGUAACACAAAUUUACAAUGGAAAGGAAUAAACCACCUUCUGGGACAAGAGGCCCGAAGGCAAAAAUUACUCAACAACUACCAGAUUCUUUUAUAGCAUUAGGUGCAAAGCAAUCUUCCCCUCGAGAUGAUCCCAAAAGGGCAGUGCCUUUGCCUAAAUCAACUGUUGGUUCACAUUUAACGCCUAGUACGAGCAAAGCUCCUGUGGACAAAUUAAAAAGAGAAGGAAGUUCUUCUGGAAUAACACCUGUUCCUCCAUCUAAAAAAAUAAAAGUGAAUUUUCUGCCUGGAACUGCUGGAUCUGGGUUGUUGCCUAUAGAUCGUAUGGGAUCUGGAACUACUGGUGUUGAGCCGUGGGAAGCAUUGGCAAUGGAUUGUGAAGUUAACGAGUUGUUUGAGAAUGUUGUUACUCAAAUAGCCAAUGAAAGUAUGGACAAGGCUGUUGGUUAUAUUUUGGGUUUAAUAAAAAAUUUAAAAAACCAACGGUCUAAACCUUGUAAAGUAGCAUAUACAGUAUUUUUUCUUGUUGGAACGUGUAAACCAUCUGUCUAUACUAAUGAGUAUGUCAUCAAUGCUAUGUUAAGCGUUUUAAGAAGAGAUGUAAAUGCAGGGUUGAAAGGAAUCAACAAAAGCAAUCCCCAAAUUCACCAAUUAUUUUUAAAUUUAAUUUGUCAUGCUUACUCGGACAUAAAUAAUUGGCCUGAGAUGUUUGUAAAAUUAUACGUAGAAGAUGCUGUUGGAGAUAGAGUGUUUGUUGACAGUCCUCUUUGCAAGCCAUUUGUUGAAAAUAUUGUAACGGCAUUCAACACAAAAAUUCCCCCAUCUUCAUUAUUAAAAUCAGAAAUGCUGUCUACUACGAGAGACACUUCUAGUCCAUUAACUAUUAACAGUUUUGACGAGGAUGAAGUUUUUAGUGAACAGAGAGCUAUUGUGGAGUCCUGGACACCAAAAAUAUAUCCCAGGUUCACUCAGUCCCAAGAGAAAGUGGAACAGAUAGUUCUGGAGGCGAUAAAAGAGCAGCUGGCGAGAAGACAACAACCCGAAACUAUAACCAAGAAUUUCGUAAAAUUUUUAAGCAUAGCCUGCGGACUGGUAGAAAUACGCAUUAUAGCGGUGUCCCGCAUUGAAACUUGGCUGCACAAUCACAAGCUCAUGAAACCCGCUCAGGAGUUACUGGCGUAUUUAUGUUACAAUUGCUCGGCUAGCUCCCAAAGGGAUUUGGAAGUUAUAGCCCAGCUGAGUAAGUUACGGUUGAAAAAUAAACCGAUGCUGAACUAUUUUAACAACUGUUUGAGGGAAAUGGUGUAUUCGUCUCCGGAAAACUUAUAUCCCUUACUAAAAUACACCAUUUAUAAUGAGUUGAGUAAUGCUAGGAAUUCAAAUAAUUUAAUAGUGGUUGGUGCAUUGUUUCAAGUGGCCCCCGAUCAGAGCGCUGACGCUUUCGCUGAUAUUUGUUUGGAAUUACUUUUAAACAAAGACGAUUACUUGCGAUCUCUCAGAGCCCUUUUGAAAGAAAUAAACAGAGUAUUACGACACGAAUUGAACUUGCUCAGCGUGGUCCAUGCGAUUUUGCGCGAACGUAAGGAAUUCAGCAACAGCGUGAGGGAUCACGAAUUUCGCGAGAGAAUUUUCUUAUCUCUAGCAGACCUCGCUUGUAUGUGCAUGCUACUUUGUGUUAGUCCGCAGGUCAGGGACGCAGCGACGCAAAGCAAACGCGACGUACCCGUCCUAAAAACGUUUCAGAUGCAGGUUAGCAACGUACAGAGGGAAUGUGUCACUUGGUUGCACGAUUCGGCUUUAAGGGUUUAUAGACCGAGUAUAAACGAUUUCCACCACGUCUUGCAUAAGGUUUUGUUUCUGGAGCAAGCAGAGCAAUACUACAAAGUCGAUUCUUGGCCGGGGGAGAACGAAAGGAACUUGUUUUUGCGGUUGGCUAGCGAGGUGCCUUUGUUGCAAGCUACCCUCCUUAGGGUGCUACUGAUUGGAAUUUCCAAAGAGCACCCGAUAAACUCUACGGAGAUCAUUGAAAUUACCGAUCAGUUGAUUAAGAGGGCGGCUAAUUUACCACAGGAUUGUGCUCCUCCAUUAGUCAUCGAUAAGGUUGAAAUUAUAGACUUUUUCUUCAAUUUGUGCAGUUACAAUUAUCCAGAGAACAUAACGUUGCCGCUCGGUUAUGUCCCUCCUAAGUUGGCUAUAUCGAAUCUUUAUUGGAAAGUUUGGUUGAUUUUACUGAUUUUGGCAGCACACAAUCCGCUUAGUUUCGGAAGUUUGGCCUGGAAUAAAUAUCCUACGCUUAGGAUGUUCAUGGAAAUGUGCAUUACAAACCACUUUUCGUUUCCACCUCCAACAAUGACUUCCCUGGAAGAAGACUUCCAAACCAAAGAACAACAAAUCAUAACACUGGAAAAACAAACGAUCUUGGAAUUCGAAUCACACCUCGCAGCGGCGAGUACAAAAGUAGAGAUAAACGAACAGACAAGUCUACUCCUUCCGCAAUUAAUGGAACUGCGACCUCAAGGAGACGCACGACGACCACCUCAGACCAUAUUGGACCAGCUGCAAGUCCUAAACAACACUCACAGACUGGGUCACCUUUUCUGUCGUUCACGCCAUCCAGAUUUCCUCCUAGACAUAAUGUCUCGUCAGGGCGGCACUGCCCAUAUGCCUUGGUUAGCCGAGUUGGUACACAGCUCGGAAGGAGUCUUAGCGCAUCUACCCGUUCAGUGUCUGUGUGAAUAUUUGUUGUCUACGGCUCCGGCUGAAAAAUUAACGAAACACGGGCAGUUGUUGGCGCAUUUACGGACGGUCGUUAACGGUAACGAUCCCCAGAUCGCUUGCGAGGUCUUGGAAUACUUGUUCCGACGCUUAACGUCGGACCACGGCGCAAGCCGAACCCAAGCCACGAAAGGCUUGGGCUUGAUUCUUGCCCCUAGUGAAGACAUCGAGAUAACCAACGAGAAUCACACGCAGUGGCUGACGCAGUACAUAUCUCAGUUUACGCAUUUCGCCCUGAUCAAACCAGUUCUCGUGCAGUUUUUAAGGCAGGCUUUGCAGAUCGAAACAAAUCCGGCUAGAGUCUCCAGUUACAUCAACUUCUUGUCCACUCAAGAUUGUAACGAGUCGUUCGUGGAUUUGAACGAGUUAAUAAGCGAUCUGUCUUCCGUUAUAAUAGAAAGACACAGUGUCGCUUCUUACGUUUUGCCGGGCGAUGAUAACGUUACCCUGAAAAAUUUGCUGCAAAUAUUUUGCCUGUACACGCAGAAGGCCAAAGAAAACGGGGAGGAGUCCUAUUCGAUUCAUCAAACGUACGGUAACGAAUACGUUAUCGUAUCCUGGGCCACGGGAGAGCAGUGUGCGAUGCAGCCGUUGGUGAUUCACGCGGCUAUUGUUCUCUUAACUUAUGGACCCCUGGAACAGUACGAGCCGUUCAAUCUCUUACUUAACAGUUGGUUUCCGGAAAAUAUGGAACAUCCUCGUGCUUACUCCCCUGACACAUCGGAAACCACUUCUUACUUACCGGAUUGGAUGAAGUUGAGAAUGAUCAGGUCGAACGUCGCGCGUUUGGUAGAUGCCGCCAUCGAGAAGUUAGAGCCGCCAAAAUUAGUACUGUUUAUACAGUCCUUUGGUAUUCCGACGAGUUCGAUCAGCAAACUGCUUCAUACACUGGAUAAAGCCACUAUUUUGGAUCCGAAACUUGUGGUGGAUUCGGUGUUGGAUAAGACCUACAUGAUUCAGUUGGUCGAGGUGCAAAAUAAGAGGGGAGCUCUGGGCGGGGAGACUUUCGUGAAAGCUAUAGAAAUGCAGAUGCCGGUGGUGCAAGACGUGGAGAUCAAGGUUGACGUGGAUAUUAAAAAACAGUUGCCAGUACUGUCAAAAAAGCAACAAGCUGUGCCAAGUGAAGAGGAAGUUGUGCAGCAUUUGAACAAUUUGUUCAACCCGCAUUAUCAGGGGAAUAGGAAUAAAAUAAUCCUGUCUUUGAUUAAGAGUAUAACAUUUAAGAAAUCCACAACGGAGACUAUUUUUAACUAUGUGAAAUUAGUGCCUAUAAAUUUCACUCUUCCCAUUGUUUUACAAUAUAAUUCAUUCUCGACACUAUUCCGUUUAAUUUUUACACCAGAAAACACCAAUCAGGAGAAGGUAGAUUACGUUGCACAGCUUCUGAAGGUGAUACCAUCAAAAGACAAUUGCACCGCCACCAUCUUAAGCCAAUACAUUAAGAACAGCAGUAAAAGCGAAGUUAAGAUGGAAAUCGACAUCGACCCUCGGAAUAUUAUUAAAAGUGAACUGAUAACUAAUAAGAGAUAUGAAUCAAUUUUAAACUGCCCGGAUAAAUUGGGAGAAAAGUUAGGUAAGAUGUUGCUUGAAAAUGAAGCAAAGGCAGAAAAGACUGGACUUCUAGUAGAUUGGUUGUCGGCCGUAGAAUUGGAGAUCGCUAGUUCGGAUAAACAUAAAUUACAGAUGGACUUACUAUUUUCCAAACAAAAGUUGCCAUUUAGGCCCCUGCUCAUGUCGUUAUUGUUGCAAAGGGCAAGUUGGAGAAUCUUGCACGGUAUAAUGUCUCACCUUUUAGUGGAUGAUAUAAGCCACAUAUGCCCAGUGUCGGCUUUGGAAUUCUUGAUGGCUCUUACAAAAAGUCCUAAACUGUGGCAAGGAAGAGACAAAGCCAUACCAAAGCAUUACCACUUCGAGGACAUUCUGCAGCUUACGUACAGUCAGGCUUUAAUACUCAUAAGCUAUAUUAUAGAAGAGGCAAAGCUUAACCGAGACGAUUGGAAGAGCAAGAUGGAGUCACGCGUGCAGCUUCUAUUAAAAUGCCUGAGCAAUAACGCGGUAUCUAUAGUAAAGUCACUCCUGACACAAUCGGACUCUAACAUCUACUCUCGCGAGCUGCUCUUAAUGAUUUACAUGUCCCUACCCUAUUCCGGACAAGACGACAUAGAUCUUAAACCGGAUAUAUGCCUGGACGUGUACACGAAGAACAGCCCGAGCACCAUCGAUGAAAUUUCUCACUGCCUGUUCAGCGCCAUGGCUUCCACCCCUAGGAAUAAGGACUGGCCGAAGAAAAGCCAAGAUCUAGAACUGUGCGCUCGGAAACUUGCAGCUACGCACCCCGUUUUAGUUCUGCGGCAGUUGCCUAUGUUGGCGGGAAGCCUCAAGGGAAGAGCACAGUACGAUUGGACGGUGCUGAAGAGCAGGGGUCACUUCAUGCUUUUCGGGCAGGUGUUGGGCUUAAUGGAAUUGUUGCAGCCGUACAUUUUCGACCAGAACAUGACGUUGUGCGACUUGCUGGAUUCGUAUUUCGUUUUGUUGCAAUUCCAUGGAAACAGUAAGGAUUUGAACGUACUUGUCAACAGGAUUGUGACUUUUGUUCAGAAUUGGAUGGUUAGGGACGUUAAGGGAGCUUCGAAAUAUCUGCAGGAGCAUGGGGGAGUGUUAAAUGACAUUCAAUUCAGUCAGCCAGGUGUAAGACCCUUGUUGUCCAGCGUUUCACUCCCAACAUCCGACCAAGUGGCUCCUACGGAACUACUAGUAGGAACCGUUACACCUCCAGUAGCAGAAUCCUAUCCUCCCCAUUGGCCGCAGCUUAAGAGCGACUUACAAUCGAAGGAUAACAUUGCAGCGCUUCAAGAACUCGAUCACUUGACGAAUAAAAAACCGCAGUUGCUCGAAAGCGUUUCCCAGUUUCUAUACAGUUUAAUAAGCUCGCCGAACGGCUCGGUCAGAUCGUUGGCGUUGCUAUUAGUCAUCAGGUGGUUGAAGCACAAUCCAAAAGCGGCAACCGAGGCGUUGCCUACGGUGCUGGCUUGUUUGGAUAGCGGUAACGAAGACGUCGUUAGUAGCGUGUUGGAUAAGCUCUCGGAAUUAGUGGCCGUUAUGCAAGAGUACGCUAAAAUUAUCUUGACAAGGGUGUUUCAGUUGGGGAUGAAGUCCACGUUGAAUACGACCAGUAACAUUACUAAGAGUGUCAGUUUGUUAUGUUUACAGUAUGGCUGUUAGGGCUGUUAUCGUGCUGGGUGUGAAAAUGGGUGCAGCGAUCCCUCGCUUAGAAUAAUUUUUUUUAAUUUUGAAUAUAGGGUCAUAAAAUGUUGAUGAUAUGUAUUUAUUUUAUCCAAAUAAU